CAUGUGGACAUCGCAAACUAGGCGAGCGCACGCCGACUUUGUCCUGGAUUGAUAAAGGAGUUCGAAGACACAAGCUCGGGUGGCCAGAGGAUCUGAGUCAGUUGGGCUGACGGAGGGCGGAUCACGGCCACGUGAAAACGCGCCCAUACGUAACCAUCCGGCAGCAAACCAUUCCUCAGACGAACGACGUUCGGAAAAGUCGACGAUCGGAAAGCCCUCAAAGUUCUCCCAGCAAAAACUCGUGUUUUACUCCUGUCGAGCUCGCCCUGCAUAAAUUCUUUCUGCUCUCGGUCAAAAGGCACUGCCAUAUCCACAACGCACAGCUCUGGCUUCUCUGAGCACCAAACACAGCCGGCCUCUGCCUUGGCGUGGUCAUGACUGUCAAACACUCAGGACUAAUCGCAUACCAUCUUCGCUUCACGUGCAAGGCGUUCUGUCGGUGGAAGGCUCUUUCAGAUAUGGAUAUUCUGUUCCUUGCGCUCCGAUACCUUGUGGUAGGGGUCGCGAGCGCACUUCUCGCGAUAGUUGGGAUGUUUCUGAGCGUUGUGUCGGCUGUGGGCCACGCGAUUCCGUGCUUGAUGCCGCUCGCGCCGCCGCCGAUAGAUGAGGCGGCCCUGACUGCAAUCGUCAACCGCGGUCGUCGGCGAACGCGUAGCCCCUCCACCGUAACGCUUUAUUCUGUCUCGCUAUCACGCCAUUCUGCGUCCUCGUCUGCUAUGGAGGUCAGCGGCGAAGAGCAGCCUGGCGAGCCUGCUUCGACGACGCACGGUGGGUCUAUCUCCGCCAAAUUGCCAGGAGCACCGCAAGCCCCCCCUGCCGGGAUACCCGUGCUCCAUCCUCCAGAGUGUGCGAAUCCUCGAGCUGGUCCAUCAUCUGCUGCCAGUGGUCUGCCAAACGCCAUUGAGCUCGACGUCUACAACCAUCCACUUGUAAAUUCUAUAAUUGCUCCUGAGCAGGUCUUGCCAGUGGGAUCUCCAGCAUCGUCGGAGACUAUCUUCAGUAUACCUACCGUGACAGAGGAGCUCACUGAGGAUGAAACGAUACCCGGAGGGACGCAGAGAGCAGGCAGGGCUUAUAGCUCGUCACACGGAGAAGCGUCAGUGAAACGGAGACUGAGCUGGCUUUCACGGAGGCCACACAUCUCGCCACCACGCAUUCCUCGGACGGACCCAUACCAAGCGCCAUACUUCUUCCCCACUCCGCAAUCGCCAGAAGCGGCGGACUAUGUCCGUCAAGUCAAACUCAGCCGUGCGGCCGGUGCACGGGUGACGAUGGAGCAGUACUACCAGUGUGCCGUCGACGACUUCAUGGCCGCACCCGUGCGGCGUGGACGCUCUCUGUCGAAGGACGAGAACCCCCUUUCACAGCGGGAGUCUGCGGUGAUUUCCAGCUCCGAGUCGGUUGUGCGCAGAGCAUCGUGGGCUGCGUCCUCGUCCACCCGGUUUCGCAGCCCGCGGACAUCCAUGGCGAUAGACCGGAGAUCGACCGUCGCUCCGGCACCGACUGCGAGCGAGCAGACGAUGGCAAGCGAGCAUCCUGCACCGGCUCGCCAACGUCAGCCUCUUGCUGCGCCGUCGAAACCUAUUCUGCGCAAGUCUCCCAGCCCUCCCGCGCGGCAAUCGCAAAUCCCUGUUAGAGUGUCCGACGCGACAUCCGCCACAGCGAGAAUCUCCGCUGAGGCACCGCAGUCUUCGCCGUAUGUACCACCGUCGCCGGCGCAAGAGUCGCACCACACCACACCACCAGCACGAAAAUCUUCCUGGAAAGAUCGCUUUCGUCGUCAUCGCCGUACUGCCAGCGUGGACGUCUCCGAGCCGAAUCGUCCCAAAAGCUCGAAGAAGAUUACGUUUCCAUGAAUUCCUCAUCUUCCAUUGUUAAGCCUCCCAUCUCACUGUAUCAUUACAUCCAUCAUCCAUCAUCAUUGCUAUUCCGACCAAAUGCAUUCUCAUCACAAUGAUAGCAUGUCGCUCUCAAUAACUUAUUCUCCUAAGUAUUUCCUCAACGCCACUUGCUCCGCCAACCCCCAGUACUGUUAUCAUAGGCAUCCCGAUGUAUCUACUCUAAAACUUCUAAUUUAGAGCGUUUGUAGCAUUCCUC